CACUGCGAUGGCAGUUGGCGCGCUGUCCAGUUCCCUCCUGGUCACCUGCUGCCUGAUGGUGGCUCUGUGCAGUCCGAGCAUCCCGCUGGAGAAGCUGGCCCAGGCGCCGGAGCGGCCGGGCCAGGAGAAGCGCGAGCUCGGGCGCCCAGCGAGGGACGAGGGCGGCGGCAGCCGGGACUGGAAGAGCAAGGGCGGCCGCGGGCUCUCCAGCCGGGAGGCGUGGAGCAAGCAGAAGCAGGCCUGGGCCGCCCAGGGCGCGGGCUCCAAGGCCGGGGACCUGCAGGUCCGGCCCCGCGGGGACACCCCGCAGGAGGAGCCGCCGGCCUCAGCGGCCGCCGCCCAGGACGCGGUGGGCCCGGACCCCGCUCCCGCCACGGAGCCGCCGGAGGAGUACGCCUACCCGGACUACCGCGGCAAGGGCUGCGUGGACGAGAGCGGCUUCGUGUACGCCAUCGGGGAGAAGUUCGCGCCCGGCCCGUCUGCCUGCCCGUGCCUGUGCACCGAGGAGGGGCCGCUGUGCGCGCAGCCCGAGUGCCCGCGGCUGCACCCGCGCUGCAUCCACGUCGACACCAGCCAGUGCUGCCCGCAGUGCAAGGAGAGGAAGAACUACUGCGAGUUCCGAGGCAAGACCUACCAGACUCUGGAGGAGUUCGUGGUGUCCCCCUGCGAGAGGUGCCGCUGCGAGGCCAACGGGGAGGUGCUGUGCUCCGUGUCCGCGUGUCCCCAGACAGAGUGCGUGGACCCCGUGUACGAGCCCGACCAGUGCUGCCCCAUCUGCAAAAAUGGUCCCAAUUGCUUUGCGGAGACAGCUGUGAUCCCCGCCGGGAGAGAGGUGAAGACAGACGAGUGCACCAUCUGCCACUGCACCUACGAAGAGGGCACGUGGCGCAUCGAGAGGCAGGCCACCUGCACGCGGCACGAGUGCCGGCAGAUGUAGCCCCGGGCCGUGGGCCGCGCCGGCCUCUGCCGCAGAGGGCACUCCUGUGGCGGACGCGCGGGCUGGCUCUGUGGGCGGCCCCUGGGGCGGAACGGACUGUGGAUGGGGAACCGUGGAAAACUGUGGGUACUUUUGCAUUUCUUGGUCACAGCCACUGCAGGAGGAGGAAGUGUGUGCAUUUCAAAGCACCUCCGGGAACUCAAGGCUCGAGGCCCCUCCCUGAAUAAAUGUGCAUUUUAGCGGUGAGUAGCGCAGUGCGCUGUUGCGCAUGCACGGUGUUUGCGUGGUCCCUCUGUCAAAGAGCUCACACAGGGGUGUUCUAGAGAUGCCGAUUAAAGAUCCGUGCUGCCAACCGUC